CUUCGCUCACGCUAAAUCCUAAUGGGUCGCCGCCACAAGUAAUAUAAACAUUGCCAUCAAGCUAGGUUCUAUACAUUGCAUUAUCCAAACAUGUCGAAAAUACAUUUACUGAGAGCUUUUCUCAACGAGAGAUUAACAGCUGCUGCCGAGGAGAUAUUCGGGGUCGUUGAAAAAACGAUAUCAGAAUAUCAGGAAGAACUUGUCCGUUUACAGAGUCUGCUUGACAUUGUUCUUCAACCGACGAUAAAGCUACACAGAGCAGAACUCCAGCAGCUCACUAUCUCAGAGUUUCCCCCUGAGCAGCAGCAACACAGGGGGCUGGAGUGGAGCCCCAUUCAUGGGCUGGAGGACCCAGAGCCCAGGCAAAUUAAAGAGGAACUCCAGAGAUGUCCAGAGGAAGAGCAAUUUCAAGGGCUGGAGGAAGAUGACUGUACUCCUGUUUUUGUAAUAAGUGACCAUUAUGAGGACAAUACUAAGUCCUCACAUCUCUAUCGAGCUCAGACGGAAGGAAAUGGAGACAGAGACCCACUACCCAUUACUACAACAGACCAAAUAAACACAAACCCUGAUGGAGAGGACUACAGGGAAGCAGAACCAACCCAUGUCCCCCAUACCCUCACCGUAGUCAAUCCAGAAUAUUCUGCAGCUUCCAGGGAAAAAGACCUCCAGCAGCUCAAUAUCUCUGUCUCAGAAGCAGAGCUUCCCCCUGAGCAGCAGCACAGUGAACUGGAGUGGAGACCCAGUCAUGGACAGGAGGACCCAGAGUCCACGCAGAUUAAAAAAGAAUUGGAGGAAAUCUGGAGCAGUCAAGAGGAAGAGCAGCUUCAAGGGCUGGAGGAAGAUAACAGUGACUCUACUCCUGCCUUUGUACAAAGUAACCAUUAUGAGGACCCAACUAAGCCCUCAUAUUUUUAUGAAGCUCCGAAGGAAAAUAAAAGUGUCAGUACUACAACUGAACAGAUCAAAAUAGAAGCUGAUGUAGAGGACUACAGAGAAUCAGAACCAACCAGUGUCCCUCAACACCCCACCAUAGUAAAUCCAGAAUGUUCUGCAGCUCAGAGUGAAAUGGGGGUUGUAGGUAGUAUGGAGAAACAUUUUGAUCAGGUCCAAUCAAAGAGAACAAAUAUGUUAAAAGGACAAGUCUCACAUAUUAAUACUACGGGUUCCAAAUCCUCAGAUUUAUCUCUCCUGCAAUCACCCAGUCAAAUGAAUGCUACUCCCUGUUGUAAAGUGUGUGGCAAGGCUUUUCGUCAAAUGGGUUCAUUAUUUAAACACGUUGAAAUACAUACAAAGGAUAACGAAAAACUCUGUGGAGUGUGUGGGAAGAAUAUCGAGUCCACAGAAAGUAUGAAAGAUCACCUCCAAUUUCACAUUGCAGCUAGGAAUUCUUGUAAUUUCUGUGGUAAAUUCUUCACUCAGAAUGGAUCUUUAAAAACCCACAUGAGGAUUCACACUGGAGAGAAGCCAUAUAGAUGUCCUUUCUGUUGCAGGGAAUUCAUCACUGGCGGUGAUCUAAAAAUUCACAUCAGGAUUCACACAGGAGAGAAGCCAUUUUGCUGCUCUGAUUGUGGCAAAUCAUUCGCUCGUAGUGGACAUCUAAAGAAACACAGGAGAACACACAGAGUACAUCAACCUGCUUGGACAUCCAUAGAUACGUGAUGAACCACACUGCAGACAAUAGAAAUCAUUGUCAUCUGUGACAAGGGAUAGGUGGGAACUUUGAGGAGUCAUGGGUUAGAGACUAUUUACAUGCACUGAUUGCAAUACGCAAUAUAUUUCAAAACUCCUAAAAAAGUUCCAUUAACAACAGUCACUUGGUGAAAACAUGACAUUGUGUGAUCUGAGGAAAGUUGUUU